GCCGCCUGACGGGGACAGGGAAAGUGGAACCGGGGCGGCGCGGGGGCCGACGGCACCGCGAUCUCGCCGGGGCAGCGGGGGGCCGAGCGGGCGGCGCGGCGCAGGGGCCGACGGGGGCGCAGGGCGGCUGCGCCGGAAGUGUCCAGAACGCCGGAGGAAGCGCAGCGGCCGGCAGGCUGCCGAGCCGGCGGCGAGGCCCAGUGCUCCUGGGCUGGGUGCGGGCAGCUGGGAACAGGCGGCAGCGGCGCCAAGGCUGCGGGACACGGCGCGGCCAGUCUGCGGGACGGGCCCCAGGUGGAGAGGAGGACGCGAGGAGGCCGCGCCGAGGCCAGGCAGCGAGCUCUGAAGCCCGGAGACCCGGGCCGCGGCACAGCUCCCACAUGGCCUCCGGAGGGGGCGCGGCCUUCGAGGAGCUGCCGCACGACGGCACGUGUGAUGAGUGCGAGCCAGACGAGGCUCCGGGAGCCGAGGAAGUGUGCCAGGAAUGCGGCUUUUGCUACUGCCGCCGCCACGCGGAGGCGCACAGGCAGAAGUUCCCCCGGCACCACCUGGCCGAGUAUGUCCACGGAGCCGCCCAGGCCUGGACCCCGGGAGCCCGGGGGGAUGGGGCGGGAGAGGAAGAAGUCGAGGCCCAGGUAGAGAACGAGAAGGCCCUAGAAAGCGAGGCGGGGGAAGAGAGCGAGUCCGAGGAAGACUGUGAGUCUGAAGAAGAGAGUCAGACGGAGGAGGAGAGCGAAGACGAGAGUGAGGAAGACAGUGAGGAAGACAGUGAGGAAGAAAUGGAGGAUGAGCAAGAAAGCGAAGCAGAGGAAGACAACCAGGAGGAAGGAGAAUCGGAAGCGGAGGGAGAAACUGAGGCAGAAAGCGAAUUUGACCCAGAAAUAGAAAUGGAAGCGGAGAGAGUGGCCAAGAGGAAGUGUCCGGACCAUGGGCUCGAUUUGAGUACCUAUUGCCAGGAAGAUAAGCAGCUCAUCUGUGUCCUGUGCCCAGUCAUUGGGGCACAUCAGGGCCACCAGCUCUCCACCCUAGACGAAGCCUUCGAAGAACUAAGAAGCAAAGAUUCAGGCGGACUGAAGGCGGCUAUGAUAGAGUUGGUGGAAAGGUUAAAGUUCAAGAGCUCAGACCCUAAAGUAACCCGGGACCAGAUGAAGGUGUUUAUACAGCAGGAAUUUAAGAAAGUUCAAAAAGUGAUUGCUGAUGAGGAGCAGAAGGCCCUUCAUUUAGUGGACAUCCAGGAAGCAAUGGCCACAGCUCAUGUGACUGAGAUACUGGCAGACAUCCAGUCCCAUAUGGAUAGGUUGAUGACUCAGAUGGCCCAAGCCAAGGAACAACUUGAUACCUCUAAUGAAUCAGCUGAGCCAAAGGCAGAGGGCGACGAGGAAGGACCCAGUGGUCAUGGAGGUGCUCAGCAUUCUAUGUGUCAGAAAUUUCCCUGAUAUGACCAGGCCCUGAUGCCAAGUGGAUUAUACACCAGGAUCGCAGUAUUCUGACUUACAGACCAAGGGAGGAAGGCAAUAAGACUAGGAUGUCAGGCCUUUGAUAGUACUUCUCUGUCCCUCAGUUUUCUCAUCAGUCAUCUAGGGGCCAUAGCACCCACUCUGUCUAUAUUAAGGAUCAAAUGCGAUAACCUACAUGAAUGAUAGUAAGAUAUGCAAAUAAGAAAUGUAAAUGAUGCUCUAUACCCUUAGAAAGUAUAAGCAUUAAACAAGCAAAACAGAACUGGAUGAUAUAAAGUUGUCUUUUCAUAAUGUUAUUUGUUAAGACAUAAUUGUGUUUGUAACCUGAGGUUCAUGUAUGAGUCAUUUAAACAAAUAUUUAUCAGCAAUAACAAAGGAAACAAGAAGAUUACCCUUGAUUCAGCACCUUUACAAUUUACAGGGUGUACACAGACAUCUCAUUUCCUUAUUUGAACAAACCUGAGAGGUGGUUUUGCUAUCCCCAUGUUAUAGAUGAGGAAAUUGAAUGAGAGUAAGUGACCUGUCCAAGGUGGCCCAGCUAGAGCUAGGAGUGGCAAGAGUCAGGACUUGGAGUGACGCCUUCUUGUUAUACAUCCUGUGCCUUUGCUCUCAUAGCUGCUUUUGUUCAAAACAUAACUCGUUCUCCUCCCUCUCCAGCAUGCUUCUGACCUUGACUUCUCCUUCGCAGUAAAUGGCAUCAUCUUGUCUCAGGCCAAUAACCUAAGAGUCAUACUCAGUAUCUCUCUUUUCUUCACAUUGCAAAUCCAGUUAAUCAACAAAUUUUGUCAGAUUUACCCUCAACUAUACAUCAAAUCCAAGGACUUCUCACCUCCACUCCCUCACUAUACCGGUCCGGGCCACAUAAUUUCUCUCCAAGAAUUCUACUGUCGUUCCCUCAUUGCCACUGUUACUCAUCCUUCCCCUCACUGUAACCCCUCCAUUCUAUUAUUCACAUAGAUGCUAGAAUGAUCUUUUAGGAUACAAAGGAAGUCAUGUAAUUAUUCUAUUUAGAAUGCUCCAGUAUGAAUUAUAUCAUGUCUGGAACUUGCUUCAGAGUAACCUGGGGGGAAGAGGACCGAUAAAGUCACACAAGAUGAGAUUCCCACCAUCCUCACAUCUGCUGCUCACCCCACUGCUCACUCCAGCUAUGCAGCUUUCUUACUCUCCUUCAGACAGAGGUCACAUUCCUUCCUACUUCAGGGCCUUCGUGCUUGGGUUCCCUUCCCCCUGAUGCUUAUCCCCAGAUCUUCACAUGGCUCCUUCUCACAUUAUCUAGGCCUCUGCUGAAAUGUUGCCUCUUCAGACCUUCAUUCCUUCCUUACCUGCUUUGGUUUUCUGCAUAUACUUGUCACUGCAUGAAAAUGUAUUUAACUUAUUAUUUUCUUCUUCCCCACUAGAAAAUAAAUGUUAUGAGGGUAAAAGCUUUGUCUUUUUCACCACUGUACUGUCAGUGCCUAGAACAUUAUAGGGACUCAGUUAAUUUUUGAAUAAACAAAUAGCUAUGCAAAACCUGUUUUCAAAGUUGUAGAGAGAACCCUCGUUUGGAAUAGGAAAACCUUAGAUUCACUUGAUUAUAUUCUCAGUCUGUCACCUUGUGCAGGUCAUUUUCCUGCAGCUGUUAUUUGUGAAUCUGCCUUUGUUAUCCACCAACAGCCUGUGAGUUUCUGAAUGGCAGCAUCUGUACUUGAUUUUUCUUUAUCUCAGUAGUAGGCAUAGCAAGUCUGUUACACUAUUUGAUAACCAUAUACAUGAGCAGUACUUUGCUGUGUUCCAGACUUGGAAAAUGACUGACCAGGACUCAUGAAUCCUUGGUUCUUCUUUAGAUAAUAAUGAUCAUGGCUAUAAUAGCGAACACUGACUGAGGUCUUACUGUGUGCCAGGCACUUUUCUAAGAGUGUUACGUGUCAUGAGUUCAUUUAAUCCUUAUAAUAGCCCCAUAGGGGUAGAGGCUGUUAACUAUCCCCAUUUUCCAGGAAAGGAAAAUUAAACACAGAAAGACCAAAUAAUUUGCCCAAGGUCACAUAGUCAGUAAAUGAUAGAGCGCCAGGGUUUGAACCAAAGCCAUCUGGCUGUAGAGUCUGUAUUCUUAGCCAACUCUCUCUACUGCCUUCUCAAAUCACCACUGUAGGCUUACACUGAGGUAGGUAGGUAGGUAGAUAGAUAGAUAGAUAAUUUAGUAAAUAAAUAUUAAAAAAAUGAAAGUUCACCCAUGUACACCUGCUCUAAAGAAGAGUUUUAAGCUAAGUAUUCCAGGCUAGUUUCUUUGCUCUUUUCACUUAAAGCUACACACAUGCCCUGUCUGCUCUGUUUGAGCCUUCUGAGAAGGGUAGGGCUGCAGCAGUGAGAGCUUUGGAUGGGGCAAACUGUGCACUCAGGACUGUGGAGAGAUUUGGGCAGUGCUCUUUCCCUGUCCUUGGCAAGUGAUGGGCUGCAGAGGUGCUUUCAUGUCAGUGGCCACCCUUUCAGCUGCAGACUUGUGUCCCUUGUCCACGAUGAGGUUGGAGAACCUGUCUGAGCCAGCAGUAGUGCAGGCUGCUUGCUGUCUGGAAAAGCAGGGUGCAAACUCAAAUGUAUCAUCCUGAGAUAGUUCCCAAAAUAAACAGAUUUUUUGUGCUGACUCUUGCUUUUCUAACUGAGGCCUGACUGUUUCCUCUUUCUUCCCUUAAAACAAUCUUUCUAGAAGGCAUUUCUCUUCCUCCCUGCCUUUGAGUGAUAGGGCUGACAUCUGGGAAGAAGGAAGUGAUCUACUCCUUCAAAAGUUAUAUCUCCAUCAGACCUGAAAGCUGUUUAAAAUUCAGUCUUUGCCUCUGGAGCUCUUGAGUCUAGGUGAGGAGUGCUCAAGCCAGCCUUCUGACUCCCUGAGAACUGGAAGUAAAAAGGGUGAGCUCUUGUCCUGAAUCAACCAUCAUCAGUCAGUAAAGAAGUCUUUAGGAGGGAACCUUUGCCUGCAACCAGGGGGAGAUGGCAGAAGGCAGAAGAUUAUAUGUGUGUGCUACCCCAUUAUAUGUAAAUAAAGGACUUGCACGUCAUGGAUUCUGGUAUCUGAGGGGCAUCCUGGAAUCAAUUCCCUGUGGAUAUCAAGGCAUGAUAUAGUAUAUGAAAUAAUCAGACAGCUUUAAGAUAAUACGUAAUUAAAAACUGAAUGUGUAUUUUAGACUCCAGCAGUUUUAAGAGUUCUCAGAAUUAGUGUGAUGCACUGGUUAAGAAUAUGGGCUUUGGGGUCAGAGGUUCUGGCUCUGAAUUCCAGCCUCAUCACCUACUAGCUAUAUAACCCUAGCCCUGCUAUUUAAAUUCCUUAGGCCUUGCUUUUCUCAUCUGCAAUAGGAAGAUGAUAAUAGUAUCUAAAAUAAGAUUACUGUGAGGAUUAGUGAGAUCAUUCAUUCAGUUAAAAAAAAAUCUUCUGAGUGCCUUCUUUGAGCAAGGCCCUGUUCUAACUGGAUGGGUACGUAAGUGCCCCUGAAAUCUCAGUGACAACAAACAUUUACUUCUCUCACAUACUGCAUGUCCACUGUGGAUCAGCUUUAGCUCUGCUCCCUUCUCCUUCAUUCUAAGGCAAAGUCUAAAGAGCAGCCCCUGCAUGGGACAUGCUGGCAAGGGGAAAAGAGCAGGGGCAAAACGGUGCAGCCCACCCCAGUGAGCAGGGGAUCACUUUUGAGGCAAGUGAGAAGUGACUUCAGAUCGAGAGAAGAGUCCCGAAGGUCCACAAGAUUAGAAUAUCGUUGCUGUGAUUCACAUGAAAGAUCUUGAAGUUCUAGGAUUCUAGGCUUGGAUUAGAACAGUAGCAGUGGGGAGAAAAGAAUAGGUGGGGGAAACGUGGGUUUGGGGACUGGAGAGGACUUAGUGAGUGGCUGUAUUUGAGAAAUAAAAGAGAAAGAUCUAAAUCAGCGCUGGCUUCCAAGCCUCGCUUUGCUGCUACUUAGUUAUAUAAACUCAGGCAAGUCAUUGAACCUUUCUGGGCUUGAGUUUAACAUUUAUAAAAUGAAAGACCUGAAUUUGAUGUGACCCCUGAGGUUCCCUCUAGCUCUAUCCCUCUCUGGCGCUAAGACUCCGGAGUCUUCGUCUUAGGAGACCACAGACUACUGGGAGGGAUGCUAAUGGGAGGGAAGGUUGGCUUAGAGAGAAAGAUGUUAUAAUGACUCCAGUUUGCAUUUGUCUCAGCCCAUUGGGUUGUGUGCCUUUCCUCUUUGUCUUUGCUCGUAGGUCACUUUCUCCUUGAGUUUGUUGUGAAUCCAAAAAGGAGAUAGAAUUUAUUUUUCAUCUCCAAAGUGGGGUCCUUGGGAACACAUAGAGCCUUGAGGUCAUGGGACUAAUGUAGCCUUAUGCACAACGUUUCUCCAGCAUCUUUUGGUAUCCUGACAUCUUUCUACACUUCUUCCAGUGUAUUUCAUGUUAUGAUAAUACCUUCACAGUGUCAGCCUGGGUGUCUGAAGACAAACCUUAUCCUCACCCACCACAUACCACAUAUGCACAGAAUCAGAAAUUUCUGCCACUCUUCCUCCCUCUCAAGGGAAUGCUUCUGCCUCUUUUAUCCUUUACUCACUCCUUCCCUUGGGAAGAGGAGUAACUUGUCUGAUUGGUGAGAGUCUGGUAGUCAUUUGGC